ACCUAUUUCCUGGAAUGGUAUAUUUCCAACCGACCAUUUUGGAGGAAUACCAAAAUGAUGUAGGAGCUUCUUGGUAUGUCUCCAAGUGGGGCAAAUGCUACCAACAAGAUAAAGCCUGAACGCUUAAGUAUGCUUGAUCUAGCACUAAAGUUCCUGGUGGGUGGGUGUAAAAAAUUGUAGGGUGAGAGUAUCUCUAGUUUGGUCUCUUUGCAACGGACACCAAACUAGUACAGGCAGUUUGCUGAACUACUAGUAUGGUGAGAGUGGUGACAUGGCCUCUGGUUGUAGUAGGAUAAAUGGGUGUCAACGCUUUUGGUGAUGACAUUGACUCCAUCUUCAAUACCUGUUACUUAUACUACAAAUCAAAGUUCCUUUGAUGACGCCUUCACUUAAGUGCAACAAGCAGGAUGCUUCUUGAUUGAUCUCAGCAGUCCUCCUCCUCGCCUCCUCCUCCGAUUACUACUACUAGUAGUACUACUAGUACUAGUAGUUCUUGUUGGUUUCCUAUUCAUUGGGUCUGUCCAUGGAUUGCUUGGAUCCGUCAAAGUCUUGGUGCCAUGUGAAGGUGCUGGUUCUAGUGAAACUAAUAGUAUCAUUGAUGCUAUUAUUGAUACUGCUACUAAAAUGGACAGAAGUUUCGUGAGUUGUCUAUCGUACUAAGAUAGCUUUUCUACUAGUAGUAGUACUACUACUACUGUCUCGACCGCACCCCCCUCCCGGCGACGCAUUAGCGAACCAGCCCCCCCCCGAAGAAAUUUCUCAUUGGAUCCGUCGCGCCAUGUAAACACGCGUUGUGCGCGGGAGAAGUCUCCUCGGCGAACCUAAAAUCAAAAAGAACGUUCUCGGCGGUGGGAGGUUGAGCGUUGCAAGACGGCAAGAGGAUGGAUUCCUUAUUUGGUGCCUCGUUAUCGACCCUGCAAGGCUGUUUCUUCGAAUGUCAAAAGAACGAUCCGAACAAAACCGGACAGAACUCGAUGUGUCACAAACACAAAAAGAAAAGAACUCGUACUAGGAUUAUUAUUUUCUUCGUGCUUUUUGGACUGCGGAGCUCGCAAAAUCGAAAUCUACUGUAGCAAGGGAUAAAUCAUCUUGAUUGACAGGUUCUGCAUCUAAGCUAACACCCUCCAUCACUUCACAUCACCGUAAGGGCUCACGAACACUACGAUUGUCGAUUCGGGUUUCUCCUCAUAUUCGAUCCAUCAAUUCAUCCUUACGUUACGUCACGAGACUUUAGUGCAAGACACCGCCUUAUCAAAACAUUCAAAGAAUCCCACCGACAACACACUAAUAACUGGAGUACGGAGUACGGAAUAAGGAACACUCGCUAGAUCUCCUAACUUGACUUUGCUCUCGAGAGACACCGAAACGGAUACAACCGAGAGAGAACCCAAAAAAUCCAUUAACAAUGACAAAAAAUCACCACCAUUCUUGCCAACAGCCUUCGAUCCUACGGAUCAUUGUUUUGCUUGCUUCCGUGGCGGCUGCUGCUGCUUCGUCGAGAACCUAUACCAUUGCGGGCGUAUACGAGACCCACUUUGAAUCUGCAAUCGUAAGUACUGCAUUGCACUUUGUUCAAGCAAUUGCAUUGAAUCGCAUGGAAUGGACUUCUUCCAACGGACUAACUGCAAAGGGCACAAUGUUGAAUGCAUGGAUGUAUUCAUCCUUGUGCCACUGCACAACAUUUCCCUCUGACACACGGGGACGGAAAGCGGGAUCUUUUGUGUGAGAAUUGAUUCUUGUACUAUAUUUGCUCUCACUCACACUCACACAACCACUGCUAUUCCUUCCUUGCUCUGCUUGCUGCGUUGUACCAAACUCAUCCUACUGAAAACAUCGAUGCACACACACACACAAACACAUCAGUCGGCAUCUAGGAUCGAUCUCGACCAGGCCGAGCUCGCCGACUUUCUGGCGAAGGAUUCCGACCGUUCCUCCCACCCCGAUUCCAACUGGGCGGAGAAGGCGAAGCGCGUCUACGAACACGGGGCCCACUCGGGCCCGUACGCGGUCCUCAAGCUAACCGAGCGGCUGGCGCACAACCCCGAACUGCCCAACGGCGGGAUUCCGUUCGCGGCCGGGUACACCAACGAUCUCAAUGUCGGGGUCCACCGCCAGUACUCGCUCUAUCGGUUCCGCGUGAUCGGGGGCAACAGUGACUACGAGACACCGAUCGAGGCAUCGGUCGAGACGACGGAUCCCUCCACGACGCUCAAGAGCGGGGUCACCGAUACCCUGCUGGUCAGGUAUCCCUGGGAAUCCAGCUGCAACAUCGAUGGGAACCUGGACGAAUGUAAGUAUUUCUGUCAAUGCAAUCCAAUGGGUGGAACUGAACAAACGAGAUGGUAAAAAGUGGAUCAUAAUUAAAUAAAGAUGAUCGUUCUUUUUUUUUUCUAAACCGCAACAGCAACUCACCAGUUUCCUCGUUGUAAUGUUUUGUUCGGAUACACUCUGUUCAUCCCAAAUCUAUAUCCGUGUUCUUACCACCCACUCCACACAACUCAUUUUCCACGACGCUAUUCCAGGUUUUGCCGGCCCGUCCGGAGGCCUGAUCCUCCAGGGGUACGGAGCAUUGGACUACACCUACGAUCCCUCCACCGACAACCGGUUCGCGACCUCCCUCCAAUCAUUCUCCGAGGAUGAGGGGAUGCGUAUGGUCUACUGUGAAGCCCACGGGGGAUGCGGCAACCGAUACCCUGAGUUCCAGCGUUUCUUCGAAUACUACGGAUUGUUGGAUUACGGCCACCACUGGAUCGAAUCGGCUUUUGCCAGGGAAGCGACGGCGUUUCGGGGGGACAACGGAAGGGGAAACACCGAUUUUGCUCUCAUGGGGAUCACCGAGCGAAACGCGGCAAUCUCUACCGCCACCGUGGCCAUGAACGUCUUCACCGCCGUCAACCGCUUCAUGGUCGAAGAGGGCGUCGACGCCUGCAACAAACACGCCAGGGACUUCUCCUCGUACGGGGAAAACAGGGCAGGCGAAUCCAUCCUCGCGUCCUGGGACAAGGCUGCGGCAACCUACGCGGGUUCGGCUCUAGUGAAAGACACCACCAACGGCAAAAGCAAUAGUGGCACGAACUCUGACAGCAACGAAUCCGGAUCGCUCUAUUUCCACAUGGUCGAGUCCCUCGCAGCCGAGUUUGGCGUCCUGGAACGCAGCGGGGAUGGCGCCAUUUCUUCCGCGGUCAACAACGCUGUCAUGGAGGCGUUUCGCACCGGCCGAGAGGCCCUCUCGGUAGGAGACUGCGAAGGUGGAGCCCGCGGGGCCCACCGGGAGAUCAUCCACAAGAUGAGGGUUCCCUGGAUCCAGGGAGUCCUCAAGGCAGCCUUUGUCUUGUCGAGGGAGCAGCCGGCCGACACCAGCAAUGAGCGCUUCGAGGAGGCCCGUGGCAGCGGCGCCUCCUACCUGGCCGCUCUCCUGCCGGACCUGCACCAGUGCAGCCCCACGGCCGCGGAUGCGGUCUACCGAGAGUUUCGCAUGGCCGAGACGCCCGAUCUCUUGAGGACCCCCGACUACGGAGUGGUACGGGACGCGCUCGAGCACCAGUACCAAUGCCUCUCGGUGACCUGCGAUGACGUCGGGGGCUACCUAAACCCCUCCGACGGGAACUACUUCCCGGAGACCAAGCCGUGCGGUGGGUAUGGAAGCCGCAUCGGCCAGCGCCGGGACACCGUGGCCUACGAUUCGAACCUCUUCAAAACCGGCCGUGCCCAACACAAGAGCAAGGCACGCGAUGCGAGCGGAAGAAACUAUGCCCCCGCGGCAUUCGGUCUAGCCCUCCUGGCCUUUGGCGUCUCCCUCGCGGCAGUCUUUGCGGUUGUGAACGAACAGGCAAGGCGGUCCGGGGGCCGACCCAUUGCACCGGGGCAGCUCGUCUCCGCGAUCGCGAGCCGGGCCGAUUACUGGAUGAGUGGGUUGCGAUCGGGCAGCCACGGAGAGACCAGCCACGGCAGGAGCUACGAGUACGUUACUCCUUCGUGGGACGACUCUCGUGCUCCACACCACGAGGUGCAGCUUCGGUCCCUAUCGUCAGCGGAAGUUACGAUGCCCCGGGAAAUGUCUUCGGUCGAAAGCCUGCUGUAAAACGGUUUUGUUGGUUCCGUUGGAAGGAAGGAGUUGAUCACAAUGAUUGGCAUUGGGUUGUCGAUUGUUAGGUACGACGGAGCGAUUCAGUUUGCUUUGAUCUCCUCUGCCACGCUCCGCGGUUUGUAGGAGGCAUGCCACACCAUUUCCUGCGUGCUCCUAUUGGGGGAUUCUUAUCGAAAGCAUGGCAGCUUCAUGGGAUAGAAAUGCGGUUUACGCUUUCCUUCGGGACCCGAAUUUCAAAAAACAGUGAAAAGAAUGGCUUUCGAAUGGGAGGCAACGUUCCAAUUCAAUGCAACUCAAGCCGAAAUUGAAUUUAUCAAUUGGAAUACUACUGACGAGCAAAUUCUUUCUUGUUGUGAGCACCAAACAUGAGUCGAACGAAAACCACCGCUUCGAAAAGCAUGAUGGCAAAUCUAUCUAUAUAGAGAGCCUGCUAUAUUCAACUACUUGUGAACUAAAUGUCUCGAGUGCCAUACCUAUCAGAAAAACGCAUAGUCGCAUUUCUCUACUCUCGGCUACAGAAUAUAUAAAUAUACAUACCACUCAAGAUACUAAAGGUAUAUCUAUGAU